AUGGAUAAAAGUUGCUAUUUCUUCUUCGCACUCAUUUGUCUUGUUGUUUUGGCUCCUGCCUUUGUACUGGCUUCUUAUUGUGGACCGAUCAUCGCCGAUGACAACGAUCGGCUUCGGUUCGCUUUGAACUUGGAAUUCUUAGAAGCAGAAUUCUUCUUGUUUGGUGCACAUGGUGAAGGGAUUGAUUCUAUGGAACCAACUUUCGCCGGUGGUGGUCCUCCUCCAAUUGGAGCCCAAAAGGCUAACCUUGAUCCUGUUUCUCACCAAAUCAUCGAGGAAUUUGGUUAUCAAGAAAUUGGUCACCUCAGGGCUAUUAUAAAAACGGUUGGUGAAUUUCCAAGGCCUCUAUAUGAUCUGAGUCCUCAAAAUUUUGCAAGAGUUAUUGACAAAGCAUUCGGCUAUAAAUUGGUACCUCCAUUUAACCCUUACCAGAACACAAUCAACUAUAUCUUAGCAUCCUACAUUAUCCCUUAUAUGGGACUGGUAGGAUAUGUUGGGACCAUUCAAGAACUAGUUAGCCCCACAACGAAAGAACUUGCUGCGUCACUUUUGGGCGUGGAGGCAGGACAAGAUGCAGUGAUUCGAGCACUACUCUAUAAGAGAGCUUCCGAGCAAGUGCGGCCUUAUAAUAUUACUGUGGCCGAGUUCACUAACAAGAUAUCAUAUCUAAGAAAUGAACUUGCCAUGUGUGGGAUUAAAGAUGAAGGUAUAAUUGUACCUUCGCAGCUUGGAGCUGAGCAGAGGACUAAAAGUAACGUCUUAUCAGCAGAUGCUAAUUCACUGUCCUAUGCCCGCACGCCACCUGAGAUUUUACGGAUACUCUAUGGAACUGGCAGCGAAUAUAAGCCAGGCGGUUUUCUGCCCAAUGGUGGAAAUGGCAAUGUUGCACAAAGUUUUCUACCCAGAGUUUAG